ACCGCUGUCUCCCGCUCGCGCGUCCUUAGCAACGAGCGUAGCGUCACAUGGAGGGUGGUCACUCGGCUCCGACCGGCGACGUUUGGGAGCUGCUCCCAUCAUGGCGUGACCCAGAAACUCCCCUCCCCUUCUUUUAACUUUCGUCCUAAUGUUCAGUCAGGAGAGGUUCAAGGCCACGAGCCUGCUGACGGGGGCGGCGGCGGGUAUGGCUUCGGGCUUCCUGGGCUUCUACUACAUGUGGCGGCACCACAAGAGCCGCCUGGUGUUGGAGGGCCUGGGACCGGAGGGGACACUCCAGCCCAUCGCCACGGCUCAGGUCCAGUCCCCGUCCCCGAUCCAGCUGCCGACUGCAGCCCAGCCCAAGCCCGCUCCCAGCGGUCCCUCAGAAGAACAGCUCGAGAUUCGGUGGCAUCUCGACUCCAUUCAAAAUUGCCUGGACGGUCUAAAGGCAGAGGUAUCGUCCCUCAAGGAGUGCAUCCAGUCCAUCGUGGAGAAGCAGACCAGCCUGAGGAAACCCAAGAGCUCCAGGAAGAAAAAGAGGAGAUACGAAUCCAAGAGAGACAGCGACGAUUCGACGGAGUCCGUCUCCAUCUACUUCACAGCAAACCCAGGGAAAGCCACAGACAGCGAGAGUGAGACGGGUUUAGUUAGCGCUCCUGCUCCCAUAGGGCAAGUAGAAGUCCUGGCAGAAUUAGAUUCUUCCAUGCUUGCUUUUGCGGCUGACUCAUUUACAGAUGACAGGACUGGCCUGGACGCUGAGUCUCCUUUUCUUCAAUAUCAGCCAGCAGCUGGUUAUACUGCAGCACACACUGACAUAGAGCUGGAGAAGGAUGAAGAACGGGACAGCAGUUUGGUGCAGAUUCUUAAUUUCUCCCCUGCUCUGGAACCAGAACCAGAGCCUGGGGCAAUGCAGUACUUGAUGUCGCCCGAAAUAGAUCAGAAUGAAAUGCGUGCCCUUCUGGAAGAAGUAGACAGACUACACGGUGGAAGCAAAGAGGAACAAGAACAAGGAUUUAAAGUUCUUUUAGACAAUAAAAAUAAGUAUGGUAAAAGAAAAGAGUUUUGUUGGCGGAUGAUUCGUGCCUACAGUGACAUGACCCAGCUGACAGAAGAUAAAGAAACACAGAAAUGUUAUGCUUUGGCUGGAAGAGAUGAAGCAACUGCCAGUCUACAGGAUCACGGGGACAGUAUAGAAUGCCAAAUAUGGCUUGCUGUUGUAUGUCGCCAUCUGCAAGAUCAUGACAUUGAAGAAGAAAAUAACAGUCUCAAGGAAACACAAGUUGAGACUGAUGUGCUGCCUGAAGAAUUUAACAGUUAUGACAGCAUAGUCUCAGAUCCUGCCAACAUCUCUGAAAUAACUGAAGUCACCAACAAAAUUGAAGAACAGGACAUGCAGACACAACAUGAAGGUAACAUAUUAGUUGAUGUCAUUAACAGUUAUGACAAUGUGUACACUCAGCGCUACACCAUGCCUGUCACUGACUCAUCUGAUGUGGAGGACAGAAACAAAGAAGAGGAUAUGCAGGCAAUAGAAGAGGCUAAUCUGAUGGUUCAGUUCAUUGAUGGUUAUCACAUGACAUUCUCAGACGAAUGCAAUCUCAGCACCUCCGAUGUGGCCCAAACAGCAGACACGGAGAGUGAAUAUGAACAACAGGAUGAAGCUAAUGAGGAUAAUGAUUUGCAAGACUGAAAGCACUAUAGUGUCUGAGGAACCAACAGAACCAACUGAGGACUGAUUGCUAAAGUGAUUAUGAGCUACCAGUACCAUAGACCUUUUCAUCCUCCUACAGCAAUGGUUAACAUUUUGAUUUAAAAAUAAAAUCAAACAGUACUUGAGCAUUAUAUAAAUAAUGAGAUUUCUUAAAAGGUAACCUGGUAUCCCUUUCUCUCCACAAGAACAGAAACUUGUCAUUUUCCCUCAGUAGGUCAUGCUCUUUCAGUCUAUGCUCGGCAGUACUUGCCAUGGAUAUUCUUGUCAGGAAAGAAACAUUUUAUAGGCCUAAGUAUGCAAGGGCAGAGGAAUAAGAAAUAUUCAAAUUGUUUUUCUUAUGGAUGGCAGAUAAUAGAAUUCAUUUAGCAGUGAAUUGUAGCCAUCUUAUAGUCAAAUGUGACUAGUGUUUCAUUUAAUUUGCAACGUUUCAGUUUAAUAAGAAUUCUUGUAAUGUAAUAAACAGGUUCUACAAAAAGAAAGCAUUUGUUUGUUCCAUCCUGCAAGUAGGAAUCAACUGAAGGUUCAUUUGCAUUCAUGAGAUCUGUGAAUUUUCAUUUCAAAGUCUCACCUGAUCAAGCAGCAAGGCUUUACCACUACAGGGACGAUGACCAAAUAGUUUGUUCAUGGACAAUAAUAAUUGCAAACAAAUCUCCCAAACUGGAGUUAUGUUUGCUUCUGGUUGAAAAUGUCUAUUGUUAGAAACCAAUGUGCAAAUGAAAAUAAGCAAGGCUUUUAAAUGGAGAUUGGUGCUACCAUUUAUUGCACAGUAUAAAGUAAGAGUGGAUUUGAGAUUCUGACAGGGGUCUCAUGACAAACAAAGCCUUGGUCUAGUUUGUUUUAA